AUGGCCGAUCAAACCAGUUCCCAUCCUACUUCCCCCUCUGCUGCUGACCAGACAGCCAUUCGUGAGGCAGCUUUUCUGGCUGCCAGCCGCCGUCUGGCUACCCAAGCUCGCCAUACCCCUCGACUCGUUGGAAAGCCCGACGCCACUCAUUGCCCUCAAAACCUACUGCAUUCUAGAGGGGAACAAGCACGGAAAGCCUGCCUAUUUGAUGAAGAGAAAGAAGAGGAUGAGGUGGUAACCGCAGUGGAAGCUGCAAUUAAGGAUGCGAUCGUCACUGAGAUCGCAAGAGAGUUGGAGAAGGAAGCAGUUGAAGCUGUGGAUGUGGCGAUCAAUGAUGCGAUCAUUGUUGAGGUCGCAAAGGAAGCUGGGAAGGAAAAAGAAGAAAUUGCCAUGGUUGUUGCAGUGCCCGCACCUGAAGUUGUAGUGUUGGAGGUGGCUGGUGGGGCACUGCUAGAAGACAGUCCAGAUGCACCAGAACAAACAGUGAGGGAAGUUGAUGAAGAAAAGAAGAAAAAAGAAAAGAAAAGGAAAAGGGAGAAUAAGGAAGGAUGGGUCGAGUCUUCCCGUCAUCGCAAAUCAAAGAAAAAUAAACGUGAUGACGAAGAUGAGAAAGCCCAGAAGAAGAGAAAACAAGAAAAAGAAGAGCGGAAAAUGCCCCGAAGGGAAAGAAGGCACUUAAGAAAAAAAGCAAAAGCAGCGCAACAGGCUGCUACGCCGGUGAUGGAUGGGGAAUCCACAUCCGUAAGAGAAAACCAUGGGGAAUCGACCCAACCAAUGAAACCACCGCAACAGGAAGCUACGUAUGUAGUUGCGGUGGAAGAAACUGAAGAACAAGAGGGCGUCCCAUUAAUGCGGCGUCGCAAGGAGGAUGCGCCGUGGGAAACUGAGAUUGAUACUCAAAGGCUAAUUUUGGCCUUGGAAAAAGAAGAAAGAAGAAGGAAAGAAGUAGAAGAGAGACGAGAGAAAAUGGAGAGGGGCAAGCUCAUCAUCACCGAAGGGGAGAGGCGACGACGCAUCGAGUACGAAGAAAUGAAGAAGAACAAUGAGCUUACCCAUUUGGAGUCAAUUAAGAAAAGAGAAAAGGAUCAGUGCCUGUUGAUUGCUUCUACACAAUUUGAAGAAGAAUUUGAAAGGGAGGAAAGAGAAUGA